ACCAUGAUUGCCCGAACUUGAGCUUGUGUUUACUUUUGCCCACACAGCCUGGAACCCCAGUUUGCUAGUCCACGCUGAUAAGCGUACAAUCAACGAGGGCGAGCUGGACCCAAAGCCUAUACUUCACUCCACCUGUGUGCGACCACGUUCCACGGACAUACCACUGGCAUGACUUCCCCGCAUCUUAAGGCCGUUAUAUUCGACAUUGGCGGUGUUGUCAUCCGUAGUCCUUUUAUCCCAGUUGCAGAAUACGAAAAGGAACUCGGUGUACCUCCAAACUACCUGAAUUGUUCUAUAGGGGCACGUGGAAAGCAAGGCGCGUGGCAGAGAUUCGAACGUGGAGAGAUCCCUCUCUUCGCUUUUUACCAAGCCUUCGGUAGCGAUCUCUCCGACGUUAAGAAUAAUAACGUGUGGUAUAUGGAAUACUGCAAACGUAGAGGCAUAGAGUGCCCAAAGCUUCCUGAAUCAUUAGACGUAAACGGACGAGAGUUAUUUGGCAGAAUGAUGCGUGGCGGGAUGUUGUUUGAUGACCAUAUGCUGAAGGCUAUCCGUAGAUUACGAGAUAUCGGUAAAUGGCGAAUCAUAGCCCUCACCAAUAACUUCACGCAAUAUAAUGGCCCCUCUGAUUCACCGUUAUCAUCUCGAGAUGCAAACGCCGAGUCAGUUGCAGUUAUAAAUCAAGCUGCAGCCUCUGUUCCGUUAUCCGAGCUCGAAUUCCUGGGUUGGCAGGAGGGUCCGACCCCACCCCGUCUGCGCGCUCUCUUUGAUGAUUUUUGUGAUUCGAGUACGUUAGGCAUGCGGAAACCAGAACCUGAUUUUUUCCUCCUGGCAUGCAAGCGCAAUGAAAUCCAACCGGAACAAGCCGUUUUCCUGGACGACAUAGGAAUGAAUCUUAAAGCCGCAAGUAAACUUGGAAUGGAGACCAUACAUGUUCCGCUAGGGGGUACCCUGAAUGCUCUGAAAACGUUGGAGGGAAAGUUAGGUGUUGACCUCACCAGUAGUCCAAAGGGGGAUAGCACUAUGUGUCCCUCAAAACUUUAGAUAUGACCCUUGAUAGUUACGCCGUGGAGAGGACGAGAAUGGAUUGAGCAGUUUCUGCCUGCAAUCAAAGGGCACAUGUUGUCUAUUGUCUAAUUAUGGUUAAAUUUCGAGAACAUCCUUGACCCGUUGCUAGUUCACAUCAAUCCAUUGUUUAAGUCUAUGAACAAAAGACAUCGCGACUUGUAAACACGAGGCACGUAGAAGGUACUAGUCAACAAUGCCUAUAGGGCGUCUAUGUAGGACAAAACUAGAAAGGCUUGUCUGAUGCAGGUAUUUUAUCUUCGUAAUAGCUGCCCAGCUGUGAUGUUUUGAUAAGCUCCGUUGAUGCAAUGAAGCUACUGAGAAAAAUCGAUGACUUACCAGUGGCACGUUGACAAGGAGUCCUUUCUUAACGAUCGGAGUUACGGAUAGCAGAAAAACAGCGGCAGUCCCAGCACCGACUCCCCAUAUGCUAAGAGAUGGACCCCAUCGUUUCGCAAGAGUACGGGUAAACGCAAAUGGCGAGGUCGUUUGGUAUUGGACUCGAGACAUCGCUGGU